UAUUGGUCCACGAAUCCCUCCCGCGCUCGGCGCGCUGCAUUUCAUUAGUGGGUUGAGCAAACAUCAUUUGAAUGCCGGGAGGCGGUCAUUGGUGAAUCAAGCUGUCUGCAGUAACGUCAAGAGAUUAGUGAAUCGCAGCUGGAAUGCGAGCUUGAUUCACAAAGGCAAGAGAGGAGUCAAAGCCACCGCGCAGAAGAUACCCACACCGGACUGCCAAUUCCCGCACAGCCAUGAAGGGAGAGCAUUUAUUUGCCAACAUGAGAAGCGCUCCAUUCCUCCAGCGGGUUUACCUCUUAGGAGGGGAAGAACUGGUAGUCCUGCAGUCCACCAUGGGAGAGUCCUCACUGGGAUACAGUUUCCAACAAAUCACCGACUUCAAUGAUCUCCCCACAUCCCUCUUUGCCUGCAACGUGGACCAGUCAGUAUUUGAAGACCAUGAGGGCAAGGAAAUGUUCGAAGCACUCUUCCUUGCGUACGAUGAGGUUGUGACGUUCCAGCAGUUUAAGAGCUUCCGACGUGUACGAAUCAAUUUCAGUAACCCCAAAGCAGCAGCCAGCGCUAGAAUAGAGCUGCACGAGACACCUUUCAGAGGAAAGAAACUUAAACUCUACUUUGCCCAGGUGCAGAAUCCAGCAUCCGAAGGAGACAAUUUGCACCUGGCUCCUCCCCAGCCUUCCAAACAGUUCCUCAUCUCUCCUCCUGGCUCACCUCCAGUUGGCUGGCAACAGAUUGAUGAGGCCAAACCAGUUAUUAACUACGACCUGCUAUAUGCAGUUGCCAAGCUUGGCCCAGGUGAGAAGUUUGAGCUACAUGCAGGCACAGAGUCUACACCCAGUGUGGUGGUCCACGUCUGUGACAGCGACACAGAUGAGGAGGAGGAACCAAAGAACGACCCUAAACCAAAAAUCAUCCAGACCCGACGCCCAGACCUGCCAGUCUCACACUGAACUCUACAGCUCCACACAGAGUCAGGAGGAUUUAUCCCCUCCACUAUGUCCUUCACAGGACCUCUGCCACCCUCCUUCAGAACCUUAUUAAACACACAAGCAGGGUCUGAGGAGCUCUGAUCUUUGUUUCUCGUUCAGCACACACUUGUAUACAAUACUCAAUGUGCUGUCACACAAUUUUUUUUUUUUAUGUUGCAAUACUCUGUGUUAAAUAUGGCCGCUCUCUGUAACUCUUUCCCAAUCUGACUCUGUUGUAAUGUCAUCUGAUCACCAGUUAGAGGCAGCAUGUAUCCGUCCCUGCUAUCACCUACAUUUCUGAUUGGCUCCUGGGUCGUGGCACAUGAUAGUGUCAGAUGUGCCUACUGGCUGCUCUUGCACCACAAAUAUGUACCAUUUGUACCCAGCAAGCCAUUAUUAAUAUUACGUUCUUCAUAAGGGCAUGCUAGCCACUAAAUAUGGCUAAACACCAGCGCUGCAUGUGCCACCCCUAGAAAUAUGUCUUGCCUAAUAAUUUUCUGUCAAAUAACCCUAGUAUGGCAAAAACUUUUACAUAGCAAAAAUUUCAGACAGCAAGAAUCUUUCUCUUCAGACCAGUGCAUGUUCUGGUAGCAAACUGUACAUUAUUAUUUCCCGCUUUGUAUUAUUGUCUAUGUGUCUCGCCAACAGUGUUCUUACAGAAAAACGAUGCAUUUCCGAAUGAUAAGCUGACAUUUUGAUCGCACCUUUCAAUGGAACCUAUAUGAGUUGCUUCCUAAAUGUGAAUAUUUUUUGUCGUGCUUGUUCCCUUUGAGACAAAAACUUUAAACCUAAUUUUUUUUCUGUAAGGUCCCAAUACAGAUUAAUGACAUUAAUGGGUAAUCAUAUGUCAUUUAAUGAAAUCCGUAUUAUGCAAGGUUACUCGUUUCUAGAAUUUAAUGUAGUUGUCCCAAAUCCAUAGCGCUCCUCGUUGUCUGUGAGACUUCAUUCGCACACAAGUUCAUUUCCAAUCAUGACAAAGAAAAUGGAUAGGAUGCUACUGAGACAGAUCUUCCAAGUGCUAUUACACAGUGGGUAACAAAAAGCAAAUGUUACAAGGGUUAUGUCGACCUUUCUUAUUUGAUCUUUUUGAUGUACCUAACUCAUUUAUGGACUAUUUGGCUAAAAAAAAAAAAUCUCUUUAUAUAUCCAAAGUUUAUAAAAUCAAGGCAUGCACAAACCAUAUCCGUAGAUAUGAGUCACAAAGGCACUAUACCCAAGUAGUUGGCAAAUGCACUACAAGAAAGCAUAAUUAGUUAUGGUAUAAUGGUUAUAUUAUUUCUUCCAAAAUAUAUAAUUUAUGCUCAGUCCAUCAACACUGUGAUGUGUCAUUACUGUGAUUCUUGACUGACGCCCUCUAUGUUGACGUAUUAUUAUAUAAGUAUGUUUGUAAAUUUAAGGAGGUUAUCAGGCUUAAACAUCUGUUGUUCAGUGUUAAGGGCGGUAGCCACAACUGUUUUUCCUUAAAUCUCUGUUGAAUUGGACUGUUCAUUGGUCUAAAUGCUGUUGGUUUCCAACUCAUCUGUCUGCGUCCAUUAGCCUGAAAGAAUGUAGAAAUAAUACAUCCCAUCCCCGUGAAGCAGUGACUCUUUCACUGUUCUGGAAACAGGGUACUUACUGCUCUCUUUUGACAUCACCGUCUGCAUUGUGAUACAAAUAUGUUAUCUUAUGCUACCGCAGCCUCGAGCCUUAUUUGAUUUAGUUAGCAGUGCACACUCUGGUCCGCUUCUCUGAAAAAAAAGAGGCACAUGUUCAUUUCGUCAAUAGGAUAAAUGUGUAAACAAAUGGGACGAGAGCAAUAUAUCAAAACCGAUACCAACCAACCGUCCACUGCCUUGGACUUUCCCUUCCAAUUCACUAUUGCCUGCUUGGCCAAUCAGCUCUUCCCAUAUUCUUUCCUCAUGACAACAAAAAUCUUUUGCAGUCUCACACGCUGCCAGCCUUCCUUACUGUCAUGUAAUUUAAGAUUUUUGUAUUGUUCUGUAUUGCACUUUCUUAUUCACAUGACUGUACACAGUAUCAUUCGGUAACUGUAUUUCCUUUUAUUUUUCAUGUACUCCUGAAGACAUGAUAUUAUCUCUGUUCUUAAAGUCUUUGAUCUGAAGUUAGUGUCACUGAUGUUGGGAAACAAUAUCUGUAUUGUGUAUACUCGUGCAAGACCAUUGGUGAUCUUGUCAUCUACAUGUGUGUCCUGCCUGCCGACACUAAGGAGACAUAUCUGUAUAUAUUAAUCAAUAAUAUUUUUACUGCAUUUUUGUACAAAUAUCCAUGGUAGCAAUGUACGAGUAGUUGAGAUGAUUCUUUGUUAGUAUUAAAAAAAAAAGUUUGGUUUUAAA